AUGGGCGAGAACGGCACAAAUCUGCUUCAGCAGAAAGUGACUGAACGAGCCCGCGAGCAGAGAGCGACACGCGAUGCAGCACUGGGGAACAAAUUCCACAAACUGCCUGAUCCAACGUCAUCCAGAAGCGGCGCACUGGUACACAACCUGUCGUCAAAGGAACUGACGAAGGAGCAAGCACAGGUUUUACGGUACGAAGCCUCAUUCAACACAGCUGACGCCAAACCUGUCAACAUGAUUGCAACAGUGGAAUGGGUCAUUAAUCAGACGGAAGCGGCAGAGGAGAAGAAGAACCUUAUCCGACACCAAGUUACGUCCCUACUUAUGACUCACAAGCCGCGUGAAACACUCACAAAAGUCGAACGCGAGGCACUAAGAGAACUCAAGGCCGACAAGGACAUCGUCAUUGUGCCCGCGGACAAGGGGCGUUCCACCGUCGUACUGGACAGAACAGACUACCUUCAGAAGGCCAAAAACCUACCGGAGGAUCGCCAGUUCUAUGUCCCAUGUGAAACCAACCCCAUAAAAACGCUGACACGCGAAAUUAAUGCAACACUGUUGGCACUGGAGAACUCGGGUGCAAUAACAGCGACCGGUCGACGCAUGGCGAGAGCCCAAGAAACGGCUUUGGCCCGAUUCUAUGGUCUCCCAAAGGUGCAUGAGGAGGGCGCUCCUCUCCGGCCCAUUGUUUCGCUCAAAGGCACUCCAACGUACGGACUGGCAAGAUGGCUGUUUCGACGCCUCAAAUUUCUGACCGCUGAUUCGGACACCACGGCCACAUUCAAGUUCGAUGAGGCCGAAAUUCUCGCGAGAGGGGAUAAUCGCGUGAGCCGCGAGUUGCGUGAGUCAUGGUUCACGGGACCUCAGUCUAUCAACAAGUGCAACGACAUCCCCACUCCAUAUUCUGUCCUGAGGCAUAGACUGGCCAAAGCAAUUGACCACUCGAGCAGCGCGCAAGCACGUGAGCCAGAUGGCCGAGCAAUCAUCACGCCAUCAUCCAACACGGGUGAUGAGAUGUCAGCAAUUAACAACUUGCAUGCCGGCCAUCAAGCAAUUACCGCACCAGCGGGCAACAAUCCUUGAUGAAGGGAGCACGGUUAAUUGCUGUAGGUAUGCGGUAGCAUGGCGACCGCAUCCUAUAAAUACUGCGACUUCCUGUAUACUAGCCACCCUUUUCUGCAACUGUCUCUGAUGAUGGAUUCAAGAGAGAAUCCGAAACGUCAGGCGAAUAAAGCCAUUGUUCCAGCGAUCGCUUCUUCUUCUGGUCAACUAGUUCCUGGAACUCGCAUUUUCGCUUGUAUCGGCAGUAUGCUAAAUAAUUACACAGUUCUCCACUACUGGCUGCCCGUCGGCGAUUUGUGAAUAUUACGUGGUUAUUCCGCUGUAAUUGAUGGAGUUCAGCUCAAAUAUUCAUAUCAAAUUUCGGGCUGUCCCUGAAAAGGUCUGUUUCGAAUGAUUUACUCCAGGUUCGCAAACUAAUUUCCUCGGAAAUUAAACAUGGCAAAGGGAAGCAUGGCAUGCCGGUUCCCUUUGUCUUUCCUGGUAGUACAGUAGGUGGGCUAACUCAUGAAAUGUAAACCGAAAUUUGGAAAUGGUUCUCGUUUCGAAGAGAUUAAUUAAGAAGGGUUGCAGCAUAAUUAUAUAAGGAUCCAGUUACUUCAGGGUGCCGACUUUCGAAUAAACUUCUUUCCGACUGCAUGGAUCGAAAAUCAGUGGGAAACUGUAUGCCAAUUCAGUAGUCAUUUUUUCAGCGUAUAGUUUUUGCAUGCAGUCGGAAAGAAGUUUAUUCGAAAGUCGGCACCCUGAGGUAACUGGAUCAUUAUAGAAUUAUGCUGCACGAUGAUUAGUUUUACAACCCUUCUUAAUUAAUCUCUUCGAAACGAGAACGCAUUUCGGCAUUUCGGUUGACAUUUCAUGAAUUAGCCCACCUACUGUACUUUACUGUUAACGAGGGAGAAGCGAGUCAAAUUUGGGGCCCGUACAUGACGUCGCAUCAUUAAAAUGAAACAGCAUCUGGCUGUCCCUAACAGUCUUGUGCGUCUAGUAGGCAACAUGUCUUGUCAGUGGGACUUCAGGCUCAGGUGAGGGCGCAUAACGGGUCCAAAGGCCGGGCGGUUGCGUCAGGUAGGCAAACUGCUGCUGCUGCCGCUGCUGCCGCUGCUGCCGCUGCUGCUGCUGCUGCUACUGCUGCUGCUGCUGCUGCUGCUGCUGCUGCUGCUGCUGCUGCUGCUGCUGCUGCUGCUGCUGCUGCUGCUGCUGCUGCUGCUGCUGCUGCUGCUGCUGCUGCUGCUGCUGCUGCUGACCUUCCGAGGCCUACAACUUCGGCCGCCUCACACGUGGAGCCUGCGUGUGUACGUCAUAAAUACAAGGUCACGAAUAGAAGUGUUCGCGAAUUUGUAGCGGAUAUGGACAGCCUCCUGAGGGAACGGGGGAGUCAAGUCAGGGACUUCAGACACCUACCCUUAAUAAAUGCGCAUUUUUCCCACCCUCGGCAUCUCAAUUUCGCCGUUUAUUCCUGCUCCCACAUUAAGCUAAUUUUUUCUGGCAUCAGUUUACUAUCCGCCAAUGAAAAUCCAGUAUGAUGAUCCUUGCGAGAACGUUGGGGAUUUGCUCUUGGGCGGGGUUUGGUCUCGCGGCCCUACUUGACUGAUAUCAUAUAGGUAGCGUCCUAACACAGUUUUGGUUAGCCUAACAAUCCUAGCCACUGGCUGGAUUAGAAAGGGAAAGAGAUCGCAAGCAGAGCUCGAAGCAUGCGCAGGGAAGCGAGUGAAGGUGGAGUGUACACCCCACCCACCGACAUAGCUACUCGCUGGAUUAAUAUGAUAUGUGGGGCGCAAUCACAACUGAAAGGCCACUGAGUGUAUCACGUGGUAAUUUGCAGUGCAUGGCGGCUGUAGUGGAAGAGACGGGGUUCCACAUCGUCAGAGCAGUUCCACUAGCAAGUCUACUUGGCCACUCGCUGGAUUAGGAUAGUGAAGGGAGCACAAGUAAGGCUCAAACCACGUGGAGAGAAGAGAAUGUGAACUGUGAAGUGAUGUAAGCGAGGAAGGCGUAUAAACACUCCUCUCCCCCUAGUGGCAGAGUCGCUCGCUGGAUUAAAAUGGUUAGGAAGCUGCAAGCACGUGAUGCUUGUGAGGUCGGCGUAUUCGUAUUAACCAAAACUUUUUUUAGAAAGCUAACCAUACGAUAUCAUUUAGGUGGGGCUGUAAGACCAAACCUCGUCGAAGAUAUUUUUAUCCUUAAUGAGAGUUGAGGGAAUUAUGCGUGUCUACCAGUCCCAACACCAGCCGUUAACAUUGCUAUGGGAAUAGAAAAAAUACGGUCGAGUGGGUCGUAACAUUGUCCUUAUCCUAGUCCGCAUGACCACAUGAGUUGCGUUCAAAAGUAAUCAGUUCGCUAGCUUCAAAGGCUUCGUCCCCGGCUUAGGCAAUCGAGAAGACUAGUCAAAAAAUAAGCUGCAAUAUGUUUAUUGGUCAUUAGGAAAUGGCAUAUUAUGCGGGUUUACCAACCCCAACCCCAACCAUGAUGGUGGCAACAGUGGUGAUGAUGGUGGCAGCAGCGACGCCAACAGCAUCCGUGGUGGUGAUGACAGCCACCCCACCAGCCACCGCAGGUUGGAGACACUGCACCCUCGUCCUCCUUCGCGACGACCUCCCCCUUCGCAUCCUUAGACAGAUACUCAUCCUCCUCCUUCUUCGAUUUCGCCAGGGCGACCUGCACCAGCACGCCAAGGAGCAGAAUUGCUAG